GCCGGGCACGCGAGCAAUCGGCCCGGGGAUGGCGGGCUGGGCAAGGCGAGGCUGCAGGAGGAGCGGCCUGGCGCGGAGAGGCGUGAGGCUGCGAGGAGGCGGCUGCAAUUGGGCUUCUAAGAUGCAAUGCGACGGUGGUGCUUGACGUGCAGCUGAAUAAGAGAAAUUUGAUAUGGCCAGGUCAGGCCGAGGAAGAGGGCGUGCUGCCUUGACCUUUGACAUUGCAGCAAUUGGCUUUGUUAAAGGUGAAGCACUACCUGAAGCAGUAUUUGGGCCUUCUCCGCUAUAUCCUACAACAGAUUACAAACCGAUACCACUGAAAACGGGAGAGGAUGCGGAUUACCUUUUGGCUUUAAAACAAGAGCUCAGAGGAGCAAUGAAACGGACGCCUUAUUUUAUGACCAAAAAGAAUGAAAGUGAAGGUUUUGUACCUGUUGAAAGAUACAGCAAAAAAUACUUGCAGAUGAAUGAAAAGGACCUAGAAUGGACCCCAGACUGGAGAAGACUUCCAAGAGAGCUGAAACCAAAGAAGAAGACUGAAAAAGCAGGUGGAAAACUGAAGAAAGCACAAACUGUAACACCAAAAACUAAUGUGGAUGUUUUGAAAAAGAUAGAGGAGCUAGAAAAGAAAGGAGACGAAGAAAAGUCAGAUGAGGAGGAAAAAGAUAAAGAGGAAGAGGAGGAGGAGGGAGAGCCAGAGGAAUAUGAGGAAGAAGAACACGAAGAGGAGAAUGACUAUAUUGCUUCCUAUUUUGAAGAUGGAGAUGACUAUGGAGCAGGCAGUGAUGAUGACAUGGAUGAAGCAACUUACUGAAAUGCUUUGAGUAGCUGGAAAACACAGCUGGAAAGUCUGAACACGCACUUGUGUUACCUCUAGUUAUGAAAUUAUGUAAUUUCAGAGGAUUAACAAUGAUGAUUAACUCUCAUUUUGCUGCAAUAUGGGAGUAUGUUGACUCAAUAUUUGAAGCAGGCUGUAUUUUCACUUCCAAUUGAUGGAAUGGUAGAUCGUGUUGGCAACAUGCUAAAGCACUCAGUUGUGUCCUAUAUACACCAUGCUUUGUUUUCCUAAACUAAUUUGCAGAAAUGUUAUGUGCCUGACAACAUAACACUGAGCUUGCCUGUGCAGAGUACCAUAUCACUUUGCAUUGCUUAUGAAACUAUGUUGUAGGGAAGGAAGAGAAACGUAUGCACUUAAGUAUAAAAAUCUAUCCUUUAAAUAAUAAAAACUGUUUACUGAAAACAGGAUCUGGUGUAGUAAUGUGUAAUAAAAUACAACUGCAGGUUAGCUUGCUUUCUAAUAAAGGGUUGCCCCUUUGCGUCAUCACCAGAGCUUUGGAUAAAUAGUACUUGGUUAAGGCCACCUGAAUUAUAAUAUAAAAAUGCUUACUCAACUUCCAGUUCAGUUACAGGACAACCAAAACUCAAAUUGUUAGUACUGAUUUAUUGCUGUCUGAUAAAAGUUCACCAACAAUGACAGUCUUGCAGUGCUUCCAAGA